CCCUCUCAACCCCCAUCUCACCGCCCAUCUCAACCCCAAUCCCCUCCUCCCUCCUCCCCUGUGGUCACCAUGACGACCACUCCCACUGCUCGUGAGCAUCUCCUGGUGGUGAGGAGGCGCAACCCCCAUAUGCGCUACACUCUCAGCCCUGAAAACCUGCGCUCCCUCUCAGCCCAGGGCGGUGAUGGCAUUGGCCCUAGGGGUCACGGCGGGGAAAGGUCAGCUGGUGAACGGUCAGGGGUCGGAGGUCAUGGAGAGGGUCAUGGCGGCGGACUACAAAGGGCCAAUAGCGACACGGACCUGGUGACCUCAGAGAGCAGGUCAUCGCUGACUGCGUCGACAUACGAGUUCACGAUGGGGCGGGGCCAAAACCUGGUCAUCAACUGGGACAUCAAGGAGGAAGUGGACGCCACGGACUGGAUCGGACUCUACCAUAUCGACGAGACGUGUCCUGCCAACGUGUGGGACUCUAAGAACCGCGGGGUGAACGGCACCCAGAGGGGACAGAUCGUCUGGAGGCUGGAGCCUGGACCUUACUUCAUGGAGCCUGAGACUAAGAUCUGCUUUAAGUACUAUCAUGGAGUGAGUGGUGGCCUGAGAGCAAACCCCUGCAUCACCGUCAACAACCCAGGACUUCCUGUUAGAGUCGAGGGUCAAGCUGAGGGCCAAUCAGUGACAGAGAACUGUCGGAAACUCGUCAGCUUCACUUUAUCAGAUAUCCGUGCGUUGGGCCUGAAGAAGGGGAUGUUCUUUAACCCCGACCCCUACCUGAAGAUGUCCAUCCACCCUGGGAAGAGGAGUGGCUUCCCCACCUUCACACACCACGGACAGGAGCGCCGAUCCGCCAUCAUAUCUAACACCACCAACCCUGUCUGGCCCGGAGAGAAGUACACGUUUGUGGCUCUGAUGACGGAUGUCUUGGAGAUCGAGGUGAAGGAUAAGUUUUCUAAAAGCCGACCAAUCAUCAAGCGCUUCCUGGGUCAACUGACCAUCCCAGUGCAGAGGCUGCUAGAGAGACCUAAUGCAGAGGACCAGCCGCUAAGCUAUACCCUGUGUCGUCGUCUGCCCACGGACCAUGUGAGCGGCCAGCUGCAGUUCAGAGUGGACAUGACCUCUGGACAUGAUGAGGGCUCUCCUGAUGCCAUGGGUUCCAUCUUGGGUUUGUCAGUGAACGGGGACCCUGGGAGCCCCUCUGACGAUGAAGACCCCCACCCUUCCUCCAGGGCCCGGGGCCCCUCUCCCACAGGUUCCUACUCCUCCCUGCUCAACGGAGAGGUCCACAGGGAUGGUGACGAUGUUUGGAGUGACGCCCGGGGGGCGGUAGGCGAGCUAGGCGUCUUGGGAUUGGCAAUCCCAGGCGGCCACUCCCAUCGACAGGUGUCCCUCAACGACUACUUGGAUGCCAUCGAAGCUCCUAAGGGCCCGGGAGAGCGGCCCCUGGGCGCGACAUCACCCAAGCUGAGGUCCAGUUUCCCGACGAACACACGACUCAGUGCCAUGCUGCAUAUAGACUCUGAUGAAGACGAGGAGGCGGGGCCGUCCAGGGACCAUCCACCACAUGACAGGAAGCCCUUGCUGCCACUGGCCAAUGGUGUUCAGGCUGGGGUUGGGAGAGCUGCCUCUUCAGAACAGGGCCUGGGGAAACAAGAGAAAGAGGGGACAGAGGCAAACAGGGGAGAGAUUGAGGGAGCACAGGGGACAAAAGCUGGGACAGGGGAUGGAGCCAUGGCUGUGGUUGGAUCUCUAACUAUAGCCAGACCUGGGGUUGGAGCUGAGGUCAGACCUGUAUCUGUGGUUGGUCCUGGGGCUGGAGCUGGGGCUCCUCUAUCUCCAAUACCUGAGACGAAUACUGCAGUGCAGGGGGUGUCAGAGGACGCUGUGGCAGCCAGGCCUGAGGCCAGCCAGCAGCCAACGAUCUCAGGGGCCACAGCAGCCCAGGAGCUCAGGAACUCACUGCCUGUUGUUCUGAAGACAUCCACUACUCAGAAGGGACGGAAGGAAGAGGAAAUGGCGCCCAAGGCUGAGGAGGAAGGGGCGGAGUCACCCAGUGAAGGAGCAAGUGCCAUUGAAGCCCCCCCGACGACCAGUAGCGUUGCCGACCAGGGGGGCGGGGCCUCUGGCUCUGAUGUCACAGGAGCAAGGACCGCCAGCGCAGCAGCCAAUGAGGAAGAAGAGGGUGGGGAGAUCUGGCAGAGGAGGUCCAUGCAGGCGUCUGGAGGCGUGUCUCAAGAGGAGGGGGCGCGGUCUUCUGAGGCGAGCGGGCCAAUCGACUCUUCACAGAGUGUCUCUGAGGAGGGCAGCGAGGCAGGAGGGGCCACAGGUCAAGUCAACGGUCACCAGUCCGUCCGCUCCCUGCCCUCUGUCCGUCACGACGUGGGUCGCUACCAGAGAGUAGAUGAGCCACUUCCUCCCAACUGGGAGGCCCGUAUAGACAGUCACAGUCGUGUGUUCUAUGUGGACCAUGUGAACCGCACCACCACCUGGCAGAGACCCACCGCGCCUCCAGCACUGCAGCUCCUCCAGAGGUCCAACAGCAUACAGCAGAUGGAACAGCUCAACCGCAGGUAUCAGAGUAUACGCAGGACGAUGACCAAUGAGAGAACAGCAGAGGAGCUGACAGCUCCGCCAGAGGUGCCCACCGACGACACUGACCACCACACUAUCCCAGAGUCUCGUCGUGAUGGUGUGGUGACUCCAGAUAGCUCUCGGUCUCGUCUCAGUCUGCUCCUCCAGUCUCCCAGCGCUAAGUUCCUGACCAGCCCUGACUUCUUCACCUUGCUGCAUUCCAACCCUAGUGCCUACCGCAUGUUUACAGGUAACACCUGCCUGAAACACAUGAUCAGUAAGGUGCGUCGGGACACGCAUCACUAUGAGCGCUACCAGCACAACAGAGACCUGGUGGUUUUCCUCAACAUGUUCUCCAACAAACAGCUGGAGCUGCCCCGUGGCUGGGAGCUGAAGCACGACCACACUGGCAAGCCUUUCUUUGUGGACCACAACUGCCGGGCCACUACGUUCAUCGACCCUCGGCUCCCUCUUCAGAGCAGCACACGUCCCAGCAGCCUCCUGGCCCACCGCCAGCACUUGACCAGACAACGCAGCCACAGCGCUGGCGAGGUCAGCCCACAACACAUGGUGGGUGACCACCCUCGUCAUUCUGGAGGAGGACCCCCUGUAAUGCCCCGCCCAUCCAGCACCUUCACCCCGGUCAGCCGCACCCAGUACCAAGACGUAGUGCCAGUGGCUUACAACGACAAGAUUGUGGCGUUUCUACGACAACCCAAUAUCUUUGAGAUCCUGCAGGAGAGACAGACAGAGUUUAUCAGGAACCACUGGCUCAGGGAGAAGGUGCAGUUGAUCCGUAAUGAAGGGGCCUCUGGUCUGGCCAGGCUGUCUGGUGAUGCAGACCUGGUCAUCCUCCUCAGCCUGUUUGAGGAGGAAGUGAUGUCAUAUGUUCCGCCUCACGCCUUACUGCACCCCAGCUACUGCCAGUCCCCACGAAGCUCCCCCGUGUCCUCCCCACAGAACUCACCUGGAACACAGCGAGCUAAUGCCCGUGCCCCUGCCCCCUACAAGCGAGACUUUGAAGCCAAACUGCGAAACUUCUACCGCAAACUGGAGACCAAGGGCUACGGCCAGGGUCCAGGGAAGUUAAAGUUGAUCAUCCGUAGAGAUCAUCUCCUGGAGGAUGCCUUCAACCAGGUCAUGUGUUACUCUCGGAAAGACCUGCAGAGGAGCAAGCUCUAUGUCAGCUUCCUGGGAGAGGAGGGGUUGGACUAUAGCGGCCCGUCCAGAGAGUUUUUCUUCCUGGUGUCCAGAGAGCUGUUCAACCCGUACUACGGCCUGUUUGAGUACUCCGCCAACGACACCUACACCGUUCAGAUCAGCCCCAUGUCUGCCUUCGUAGACAACCAUCACGAGUGGUUCCGUUUCAGCGGGCGUAUCCUGGGCCUGGCUCUCAUCCACCAAUACCUACUGGAUGCCUUCUUCACUCGACCCUUCUAUAAGGGCCUGCUGCGCAUCCCAUGUGAGCUGAGUGAUCUGGAGUAUCUGGAUGAGGAGUUCCAUCAGAGUCUCCAGUGGAUGAAGGACAACGACAUCGAGGACAUGUUGGACCUCACCUUCACUGUCAAUGAGGAGGUGUUCGGACAGAUCACAGAGAGAGAGCUGAAGCCGGGCGGGGCCAACAUCCCAGUGUCAGAGAAGAAUAAGAAGGAGUACAUUGAGCGCAUGGUGAAGUGGCGUAUUGAGAGAGGAGUGGUUCAGCAGACAGAGAGUCUGGUCCGGGGCUUCUAUGAGGUGGUGGAUUCCAGGCUGGUGUCAGUGUUCGAUGCCAGGGAGCUGGAGCUGGUGAUAGCUGGCACCGCUGAGAUAGAUCUGGUGGACUGGAGGAGCAACACAGAUUACAGAGGAGGUUACCAUGACAACCACAUAGUGAUCCGUUGGUUCUGGGCGGCGGUGGAGAGGUUCAACAACGAGCAGAGACUCAGGCUGCUACAGUUUGUGACGGGUACUUCCAGUAUUCCCUACGAGGGUUUUGCCUCUCUCCGAGGCAGCAACGGACCCCGCAGGUUCUGUGUGGAGAAAUGGGGCAAAGUUACCUCUCUACCCAGGGCUCACACCUGUUUCAACCGGCUGGACCUCCCUCCAUAUCCAUCCUUCUCCAUGCUGCACGAGAAGAUGCUCACUGCCGUGGAAGAGACCAGCACCUUCGGCCUGGAGUGAUGACCCCUAUCACCUUUAUCCUUUAACCCCCACUCCUCCUACGACCUUUGACCCUGACCUCUGAACUGUAGUAUCACAGAGGUAGAGGAACCCAAGAGGUUCAAGGGGAUGACUGUCUCGUCCGUCUGGCACCUUGUUGUAUCUUUAUACGCACUCACCUUCCUGAAGUGAGCUGAACAGAGGAGAAUAGACCGAUGUGUAUCAGAGGGCAUGACCCCUGCACAACGCCAGGGUUCCCUGUGACGGUUAAGGUCACUUAGACACACUGCCAACACAAACCAAAGGAGAGCACCCUAUCACUCACACCCUUGUUGCUCCAAUAAACCACUGGGAGAGAUGGACUCGUAAGCCUCCAACCAAUCGCACAAUCAAGGAACAAAAACCAAGACCCGGAGUGAGACUCCAACUGGCUCAUCACUUUUUAUUAUUUAAAAUACGGAUUUCCAGUCGAGUCACAUCAGGAAGGUGGUGGCCGAGCUUUUCCUGGAGAGCAAAACCAAAGCUGCUUUAUCUCUCUGAGAGGCUGAGGCCGACAUCACAUGACAUCUCUCCUCUGAGCGGCUGAGGCCGACAUCACAGGACAUCUCUCCUCUGAUAGGCUGAGGCCGAAAUCACAUGAUAUCUCUCCUCUGAUAGGCUGAGGCCGACAUCAUAGGACAUCUCUCCUCUGAGAGGCUGAGGCCGACAUCACAUGACAUCUCUCCUCUGAUAGGCUGAGGCCGACAUCACAGGACAUCUCUCCUCUGAUAGGCUGAGGCCGACAUCACAUGACAUCUCUCCUCUGAUAGGCUGAGGCCGACAUCACAGGACAUCUCUCCUCUGAGAGGCUGAGGCCGACAUCACAUGACAUCUCUCCUCUGAUAGGCUGAGGCCGACAUCACAUGACAUCUCUCCUCUGAGAGGCUGAGGCCGACAUCACAGGACAUCUCUCCUCUGAUAGGCUGAGGCCAACAUCACAGGACAGUGUUGCUCCUGGAGAAGGGGAUGAGAGGAGAGAGGAAGAGAUGAAGGAAUACAAGACAGGUGCUCUUCAGCUGCUGUGGCCACGCCUCCUGCCCUGUCAGGGAAAGAGAACCAACCAAUCAAGGUCCAGGCAGCUUUGUGACCUGAGCUUGUUGAACACUCUGACAGGUGUGUUCUAGAACAGAACACUGAAGUAGCCUAUCGUGAUGCGGUGGUGUUUGUGUGGUGAAGCUGAACUUGGAUCUCUCUCCGGGCUUUUCAUCUCUCUGCAAAAUGUAUUUUGUAACGGCCACAAACAAUGAUAUGUUUUUGAAUGUACUGACUGAUAUCACGAUGAUGCGCUUAAAUGUGUGGUUUUUGUACGUCGCUCGAUGACUCGUCAAAUCUAAACGGCUGCCUCAUUCUUACCAAACUUCAGGGCAAGCUAUUAGCACGGAUAACCAAACUCAGCUACGGUUUGUUUCGAUAAAGACAUUACAUUGAGUUGGCUUUCCCAUAAUGUUAGACACAAGCUCACACACACACUCUUUCAGUGUUUUAGCUGUUUUCAUUGUUUGCAAGUAUGUUGAUUGUCAUCGCUUUAUCAUUGAACUACACUGCCAGAGUAGAGGGUGAUCUGAACUUUUAAAAUCCGUCAUGUUUGGUUGCUGCUCUUGUUUUUAACUUGCUUCUACUUGUUCUCCUUCUGUACAUUAUCCUGAUUGCCACCUAAUUGAAUAUGUUGUUUUGAUGUGUUCCUAUUUCAAUAGGGUUUGGGACCCCGAUAUAACAUCAUGUAAUGACAGAUGUUUGUAUGACCAUGAUAAUGAAAGUAAAACAUGGUGAUUAACAACCUGCAUGUCGAGACACACACACACACACACACACACACACACACACACACACACACACACACACACACACACACACACACACACACACAGGCUUACACCAUGCAAUUAUAAUGUGAUCUGUGUGUGGGUGAUGGUAAAGGUCAAGGGACAUUUAUAGCUUUAUAGAGACUCGUGACAGAGAACAUGUUGAAGUCAUAUAUAAGCACAGGUGCCCAUGGUGUGCUAUUACACUGACUGUUUUGAUGGGUGAAAUGUUGGUUUUCAAGUGAGGGGAAAAAAAUACAUUUUAUAGACGUAUCUACAGUACUAGGAAGUUUUAAGACGAGGAGUAAUGAGAAUAUGAAGGAAGAGUUAUAGAAACACAUACAUAUUUGUCAUGUUUUUCACUUCAUACUCUGCCUUAGUCAGAAGGCCUUAGUCUGCCUUCUGAUACCACCAUAUUCUACUCUCAGGGUGCGUUCCAGGUCGCGCUUUAUUGCAGUCGCGCUGCUGCUGAGCAUUUUAGCCGAUUACCAUAUUAUAUGUAUAUCAUAUUAAUGUGGUUCCAGAGAGGUAAAUACUGUUCCAGACGUUGUGAGGGACUAUCAUCUGAGCAGUGUGUCGACUGCAAUAACGAUGACAUGAAACGCGCCCAAUGUCUUUGUUUCAGGGGUGUGACCCCACCCAGCCACCAUCACAUCCCGAGACUGUGGAAUGUAGCUAACAGAAUGUAAGGGACUGAAAUAGAACAACUUCCUGCAUUCUCUUCCAUCAUCCCAGGGCCAGUGAGAGACUGAGGGCAGAUAUAUAUAUAUAUAUGACAUGUUUUACGUUAAAAACAUACUAAAAGAAAGGGAAGUGCACAGUGGCAUUACAUGUAUGUUAUUUUUAUUUUUUUCAACAUUUUAGUAAUAAAUUAGACGCUCUUAUCCAGAGCGAUUUACAGUUAGUGCAUUCAUCUUAAUAACAUGUAGCUAGGUGGGACGGGUUCUGGUGUAGUUUUUGAGCACAGACUGAAAGACUGAAGCUUGGGAGGGGAAGUUUCUCUUGGUGUUUCGUAGGUAUGCACCAUGGUCUUGUAGUGGAUGGGAAUACUGUACAUGUCCUGGGGUGUCUUGUAAGAAGUUCUUUCAAUGAAUUCCCAGCAACAUUGCCCCUGUCUGUCUGAGUGGUGCGCGCGUUUGUCCAUCACUCCAGCCAGUUGACGUGAUAAACCAUCAUGUGAGUUGACAGAAAUACUUUCCCUGGAACCUUUUCAAUUAAAUAUGUAUUGCAAGUAGGCUCACCUGGCAGAAGUAUAUCAUGAGUAUCUGUUAUUUGAAAACUUUGCCAUGAAAUGCGCAGCCGUAUGGAACCAUUGCUAGACUGGCACAUUCCUCACUCAGAUGCGCAAUUACAGGAAAAUUACACAAAGAUAUCUACAUUUGUUAGUUUUUUGUCCUCAGAGGGUAUUUAACAAUUGACAUGGACUCAGAACAUCCCAUUCCGUUGUUUCCAUGAACAUUUGUAAUUUUGAAAGUGAAAAAAAUUCUAAAACCAGGAAAAGCAACACUGACAACAAAUCUCUGAUUUUAGAGUUGUUUGUUAACCGUUAUUUUACCAGGUAUGUUGACAGAAAAUAUAGUGCACUACUUUCUCUUGUGUAUCAAGGACCCGGAGAAGAGUUGCAGGGGAGAGGAGAAGAAUGGGCCUAUUUUAAAAUCUAGUAAGAAAUGAGUAGAUCUGAUGCCAGAAAAGGUUGGAGACCCUGAUCUGCACUGAAUGUACCAAUGUUUUAGGGCUUUAAUUGGGGCUUUUGACUCUAUUCAUCCAAGUCUCGGUCUCUCAACCUCCAUGGUCUUCACAUUCACCACCAUCACUGAGUAACCGAUAGCCCCUCACACCAACCCACUACUUCUUUACUCACAGAAACACUUUAACUACAACAAAACACAACAUGCAUAUAUAUAAAGUAUCACAGAUUGUGACCAAUUUGAAAGUUGCAUCCAUGUUUCAGUUGUUCUCACCGUUUUGUAAUGGAAUGUUGUGCCUGUUCCUCUGUGGCUGGCUGGUCCU